GGCAUCCGCACCAUCGACUUCCCUCGAGGGGUUCCACCACCGACUCGACAGCGCCAUCCAUCCAUGGCCCUGCGAGCCCAAGACGACGUGGUGUACUCGCACACGACGAGCGGGCACAUCAGUGGAGGGUUUGGCUCCUCCCAGUCGCCCAAGGGAAAAGUAAAAAAGCACAAGAAGAUGGCAACGCCGGUCGGUGCGACGUCGCCCCAGGCCGCGCGAGCCCAACACUUGUUGGUGCAGGCAAACACGUUCCUCGUCUCGGCGCAGUCCGAAGUAUAUGCGAUCGAAGGCGCGAUGAAGAAUGUCCGUCACGCUCUCGAUGCAUUCCAGGUCCUUUUUGACAAGCAGAUUCACCUGUGUGCCGACACCGCGUCCCUCAAAGUCGCCCGGAUGAAAGCCGACUUGAUGGACAUGGUCGACGCCAUCAAGAAUUCGACGUCCGACUUGGAAGGGUCGUCGAGUCGGCUGCAAAAAGCCAUCCACGGCGCCAAGCGAUCCGUGCACGUGAAUCAAUCAGCCCUCCACCGCCCCCUCCGAGGUUGCCACCCCUUCGACGUCCUUGUCGACAUGGACCGCCAUCACGUCACCACGUCCCGCCCAUGGCCGGAAAAUUCGCUCGCGGCGAGUUCCUCGACCAGCGCCGUCGAUGGCCGUGCCGCGCCCCCUCUAUCGCUGUGGGAGACGCUGUUUUCACCACCCGGAACGACCACACUGCCCAAAGAACACGUGUCUGUCGUAUUUGACAAACUGGCCUUUCACGCCAAGCCAGGCCUGGGCAAGAAGGACGUGCUGGUGUUUUUUCGUGAAUUGAUGCAUUGGAGCCUCGUCCACGGCCACCACGGCAUGCCGUUCUUGGAUCGGUCGCACAACAAAACCCACUCGACGCGGUAUGCGUCGAUUUUGACGACGGCUGCGUGGGAGGAACUCCAGUCGCAGCACCUCCUCGUGGCCCACGACAAUGGCGGACCAGACCAGCCCCGCAACUACAACGCCACGGACCAGCCUGACGAUCUUGGAGACAGCCCCACGGUCGUCUCGACCGCCCGCUUGGAAGAGUUUGUGACGUCGAGUACCUUUGCGCACUUGGUACACACCCUCAGCGCCAAGCUCAACUUUGCGUCGUCGCCUCCAAAAAGUGCUCCCACGCGUACUGCAACUCCGCCGAAAGACGUGUCGUCGACUACGGCGGCGGAGAACACGCUCUCCAUGGCCAAGCUCCUCCACGACUUGGCGAACGCCGAGUGCGAGGCCAAAAACGGCUUCAAGCUGUCCGUGCGGUCGAACGCUGUUCGGUCCAAAGAGUUUUCCAAGGCAUUUCUCACCGCGUCCAAGGAAUUGCUGGAGAAGGAAACGACGCUGAAUUGAACGGCCUGACAGUGCUCGAGCGCGCUCGUCGUGCGCCCCCCCCUCCUCCAUGCCACACAAUAUCUAUUCAUGCUUUGCAAUACCGCACGAUGUAAACCACAUCACACACGUUUUCGCGCU